GGUGUUCCUUUGCGUUGGGCAUUUCAGGCCAUGACGCAGGGAGUGUGAGUGUGUCUGUUCUUCUCCGAUAUAAACCAUCCAGAGCUCAUCUCUGCCUUUCGUCACAAUAUUUGCACAGCGUUUUUUGCGUUUGCGUCGUGUCGCCAGCUUUUUCUUCUUGGUUGUCGGUCCUUGCUGUGAGGUUCAGUUUUUUUCUCAUGCUGAUGCUGACGCAGCUCCAACUCCCUGUCCUGCCUGUGUAUCUACCGCGACCGAGUGAAGCAAGCUAGCAAUUAGAUAGGAAAUCAGAGCUGUUUAGUUCGCAAGCGAGGCACAACCGUAAUAACCUAACAAGCACCCCUCUCCAAAAUGGGCAAGAAGCGCAUGAAAACCCUCUCCGACCUCAAGGUCGCCAUUAUCGGAGAUGAACAAACCGUGACCGGGUUGUACGAGAAAGAAAACUUCUUGAGUUCCGGCCGCAAAGUUUGUAUCUCUAUUGCAUAAGCAUGACACGCGUUUGUUGAAGAUGAUUUAGAGUUGCACCUGCAGAAAAAAGGCAUUCCUGAACAAGAACAAUUUGUGUGUAGUAGUCCGAGGACUCAAGACUUCGCUUCCAUAUUCUAGUCUUGGGCGGUGGUGGCAUGGUCGAUGGGCAGGGGAAGAAGAAUUUCAUGGUCGUCGACGGCGCAACGCGGAAUCACGAGGUAUAAUAGAGACAAUGUUUUAAUACGACGAUACCAAGUACGACUAAACUUGUGAUGCAGCACAAUCUGAAUGACAUAGUCAUAGAAUCGAUGCGGAUGCCACUUCAUUUUCAUUCGAAACAAAAACCUCAGAUCGCCGAGCAGUUUCAGGAGUGGACGACGCGGAAGGAUCUCGCCGUGAUCCUGAUCUCCCAGACGGAGGCGGGAAAGAUCCGAAACGUCGUCGACGAUUUUGCCCGCAGCGGGCAGGUGAUCCCCGCGGUGCUGGAGAUGCCGACCAAGGACGUCGCUUACGACCCAAAGAAGGACUAUGGAAGCGUCAGGUUUGAAAUCGUCAAAGUUAAAAUAGUUUGGCACGCAUAAAAUCGAUACCGGUUGGAAGCCCAAUUUCCAAGCGGCGCAUGACAAAUUUUCGGAGUACCGGAAUCCAAUUUGUCAUGCUGUUUGGGCACAGAAGACUGCUUUUGUCAUGCUUGUUCAGAAGCUCUAUCCCAAACCCUAAAUAGGCUCACAAUCUGCCUCGCUUGCCUUCCCGGCAAGACAGGCACUUCAUGCCUUGCAUUUUAUGCAUGACAAAUCAUUACAACUUUGACGAUUUCAAUCCUGACA